AUGCGUGCGUCGUGUGUGCUCGCGGCCCUGGCAACGGGCGUUGCUGUGUCGGCUGCCCCGAGCCCUCCGAAGCCGAGCCCGCCUGCUCCCCCACCGCCGCCUCCUGUGCCUAGGAACCCCUUCGCGGGCAAGACCCAGUUUGUCAACCCCACGUGGGCGACUAAGCUGGAACAGACCCGGAAGUCGUUCUUGUCGCAAGGCGACUUCAUCAACGCCGCCAAGACUUCCAAGGUCCAGCAGACGAGCUCCUUUGUGUGGGUGUCCGACCGCGCCAGUCUCACCAACAUCGACGACGCCGUUGCGGCCGCUCGCAAGGCGCAACGGAAGACGGGCAAGAAGCAGAUCAUCGGCCUGGUCCUCUACGAUCUCCCCGACCGUGACUGCAGCGCUGGCGAGAGCGCCGGUGAGUUCAGCAGCGCCAACAAUGGCCUCGAGCUCUACAAGACCGAGUACGUCACGCCCUUCGCCAAGAAGGUCGCUGCCGCCAAGGAUGUCGACUUCGCCAUCGUCCUCGAGCCGGACUCGCUCGCCAACCUGGUGACCAACUUGGGCGUCGAGUUCUGCGCCAACGCCGCCCCUGUGUACCGCGAGGGCAUUGCCUACGCCAUUGCCAACCUGCAGUACCCCAAUGUGAACCUCUACCUCGACGCCGCGCACGGCGGGUGGCUGGGUUGGGACGACAACCUGCCUCUGGCCGCCAAGGAGUUCGCCACCGUGUUCAACCUGGCCGGCGAGGGCAAGAAGAUUCGCGGCUUCGUGACCAACGUGUCCAACUACAACCCCUUCCAGGCCACCAUCCGUGACAACUUCACCGAGUGGAGCCACUCGUGGGACGAAUCUCACUACGUUACCUCGCUUGCACCGCAUCUUGAGGCCGAGGGCCUGCCCUCCCGCUUCAUUAUCGACCAGGGUCGCGUUGCCCUCCCCGGCACUCGUGCAGAGUGGGGCGAGUGGUGCAACGUCGAGCCCGCCGGCUUCGGCCACGCGCCCACAACAUUCACCAACAACACGCUUGUGGAUGCUCUGGUGUGGGUUAAGCCUGGUGGUGAGAGUGACGGCAAGUGUGGCCUGGAGGGCGCUCCGGCUGCAGGGCAGUGGUUUGAUGAGUAUGCUCAGAUGCUCGUCAAGAACGCCGACCCUUCUGUCUUUAAGCGAGUUUAG